AUGGGCGAUAGCAGCAGCAUUGGGGACGAUGACGGCGAGAGCCCGACGGUGUCACAGAUGAGCAGGUCUCUGCUGUUCCGGUUGGAUCUUUUGUCGCCCACGGCACGCAAAAACUCUUGCAGCUCGAGCGAGGAGGAUAUGACCGACGACGAGAUUCCUCCAUCACUCGCUGCGGACAAGAUCGCACCCAGCUUGCCGCCCCCAUUGUCGUCUCUACUGGAUCCGAACGCCUUGGAUAUGCAUGCUGGUGAGGACAUUGGCCAGGACAUUGGUCAAGUUGGCGACAAGAUCGCUGAAACUGAAAAGCGUGCACAGCCAUUUCAGCUGCGUCGGCCCAACAAUCCAGGGAAGGGAAUUUUGAUUGACGCCAAGCCUGAACAGAAGCAGCACGAGCGGGUGGUCAAAGCGGUGCUUGUGCCGCAGAUUUUCGUCUCGCCGCUUCUCCCGCGCUCCGACAGGGGCACUGAAAAGACCAUAGCGAAAGAGCUAAAGUUGGUACGCCAUCACUUUGACCGCAACUUUGGGGGCUUUGAGACAGCCUUUUCUGCAGUCACGGUAGACUGUGGGAUGCCGCGCUUUGUCAACCGGGCGCUGUUCCGAUAUGCAACACGAAGCAGCAAUGAUUCUGCAGCAUCGCCGUUGUCCGGGAGUGAGGUUAUUGGCAAGCGCGUGCACCGUUCGGACAGCGGGUCGUGGCCGUCAUACGAGCACUUUUGCGACGUGUGGACACGGCUCCGACGCUCGAGCGCAGAUGACAGUGCGCUCUUGUUCAACAUAUUGACAGAUGACGCGACCAAGCCCCGUGCAUACGUGACGCGUGAUGAAAUCAAGCUGCUGGUGACGGACGUCGUGGAUAAUCACUUUGAGCUGGAGUUCCUGGAGGGCCAGGACAUGUUUGCACAGAGUUAUGCGGAGACAGUCACCGAGCGCAUAUUCUACGAGGGCAACCGGACAUGGGACGGCAAGAUGACACUGGCGCAGUUCCGGCGGGCGAACAUUGUGGGCCUAAUGAGGACGAUCGAGGAAGGUAUUGAUAUAGAUAAUCGCGACCCGGGUGUGUUUUCGUACAAGCAUUUCUAUGUGCUGUUCUGCAGCUUUUUUGAACUGGAUGCGGAUCGAGACCGGCUGCUUGAUGCGCGCGAUCUGCUGCGGUAUUUCACCAACACGCUGUCGCGGCGUAUCAUUUCGCGUAUCAUGAUGGGUAAGGGCAAAAAGUCUGAGCACCCGGCAAAGAAUGGCAGCGAGGUGGCGGCAGCGCGGGCCAAGGCCAAGGCGCACAAGCGUAAGGAUGGCAAGAUUAUGUAUUCGCGGUAUGAUCUGAACGUACGGCUGUCUGCGUGUCGCAUGACGUACCGCGACUUUAUUUGGUUUUUACUUUCUGAGAUCGACAAGUCGACCCCGCCGGCGAUUGAAUACUGGUUCCGGUGUCUGGACUUGGACGGCGACGGGGUGCUGUCAGUAUAUGAGCUGGAGUAUUUCUACGACGAGCAGGUUAGCCGAAUGGAGGAGGAGAUGUCGGGGGACAUGAUUAUGCUGGAUGAUCUGAUGUGCCAGCUUUCCGAUAUGGUGCGCCCGGAAAAGGAAGGAAUGUUCACACUGAAGGACUUGCGUCGGGCGCCGCCGAAACUAAUGCCAAUAUUCUUUGAUGCGUUUAUGAAUUUGCAGCGGUUCUUGGAGCAUGAGGCGCGGACGUCGUUUUUGCAGCGGCAAUUGGCGCAGUUGUCGCAGCGGGCGUUGCCGACGGUUCCGUUCAAGGAGGUGAUUCAGGCGCGCAUGGAGUUUUUGGCGUGUCUGCCGAGCCCAUGGGUAGAGUUUGCAGACCAAGAGUAUGCGGCGCUGAUGAACGACCAGGGCGAGCAGAGCGGUGAAAAUAUUGAUGAUUUUGCCGAUGGCAGCACCAGUGUUGGUGUCAAUGUGAGCGACAGCGGCAACUAA